AGGAAUCAGCAUAAAUUCCACAAAUAAUCUUAGUAUGGAGAUCAAGCGCAGAAUAACUUUUGCCAACAGCUGCUACUUUGGGAUGGGUAGGCAAUUGCGAAGCAGAUUCCUCUCUUGAUGAAAAAAAAUUACACUUUAACAGCAUGUCAUUAUUGCUGUCCUAUAAUACAGUGCAGAAAGUUGGACGAAGAUGACCUGAGAUGAAAAAGCACUUGGAGCUUUCGAGGGAGAGAAAGAGAGCAUGGAACCAAGAACUGUAUGAGCUCUACGGUGACAUGGUUAUGGUUAAGCGCAGGUUAAGUCAUGUUGUUCGUAUGGAAGAUGAUGCUGCAGCGAAAUGCGCCUUCCACUCGAGACGCAUGGGUGAACAACGGAAGCAAUGGUGUCCACGCAAUCACUGGAAGAGCGAAAUCUCCAAAAACUAUCUAAAUCACUGCGAUAAAUCAAUCAAAGAAUAAAAUAUUAUCGACUUCUGUCCAAACAUGCUAUAUUUACAUGACACUAAUCACAUUGCGUAAAGUCGGUAAUAUAUCACCAACUUGAUGCAGAGGGCUGUCCACUAAAAACGCCCAAGAAAUUUCCUAAUGCACUUGUGGGCGUUCAACCAACUGUAUUGUAUUUAAACAAAGUGCUAUUUCGGUGUUUGUUGUUGAUUGUUUUGUGGGUGCACAUGUGCGUAAUUAUUACAGAACUAGCUUCGAGCUCACUCUUGUAAGUACUCAUAAUAACCCAGUAGAGCAUUUAGGCCUAAUGCUUGGGAUUAGUUGCUUCGUUUAGGAUUCGGACUGGAGGCAAAAGUUAGUGUAUAUUAAGUUUUUCAGUCUUCUAAAUAUCAAUCGUUAAAUAUAAUCGUAUAUAUGUAUGCUUUUGGCUCGGAUUUGACUACUCUCCAACUUUUAUUGAAAAAAAAUAUAUAUGAUUCUACUUAGAACACUAUGAUUUAAGAUUAUGUGCGCUGAAAUGUAUAAAUAUGAAGUUAUAAAGCUAAACUUAGAUAUCCAUAUCUCGCUCUGCUCAAUUUUUGAUAAUUUUUACAGAUUUCAAACAAUAAUCAUUUUUGUAUUUCAAUUUCCUAGCGGGUAGCUAUCAAUCAUUUAUAAAUACAUAUUCAGAGGUGCUAAGUGAUAUCUGUUAAUGCGUCAAAAUUGUGUUUAUUUGCAUAAAAUAUUUGUAAUCGGCAAUUGUAACAAGCGAUCUGCUAGAUUAUGCGACUGAUGGCUGUAUUGUGUACGUGUAUUUUUCGAAAAUUCUCAAUAAAUCAUGUGAGUAUUGAAUGUUACCUCUUUAACCGCCUUUUUUCGUUUUUCCAUUAAAAUUUCAUUCAAUUUACCUUAUAUAUCUGCCGGAAGGAGGAUGAGUAGGUGACACACAGGAACUUUCUUCUCCAUUGUACAGCGCUUGGAAGACGGAGGUUGAAAUACAUAUAUACAACAUCUGCAGCGAAGUAAGAGACUUCACCGAGACUGAAAAAAUUUGUGAUCCGCUCAAAGCGUUUUGUCAAUUUGUAAGGGUUCUAUGAUCAGUUACAUAAAAUUUUGUGUAUCACAAUGGACUUUAAUUUGUCAAAGUGAGAUCUCUCUUAGCAUCGACCUCUUGAACUAACCGAAGCUAACCUAUAUGACUAUACAACUAACCUAUAUAACUAUUAGCUGCUUAAUUAGACUGUGAGGCCUCAGAUAAUGAAAUGAAGUGAUUGUCCUUGCCAACACCAAUACUCAGGCGCAAGUUUGAUCGAUAAGUCGAAUAUAUUGCAAUUUCUCAGUGCCACAUAAAUGUUACAACGAAUCGGUUUCACGACAUUCUCACAUAAUAAUGCCCAAUUUGGAGGCACCCAUUGGCUACGAUGAAUCUUCACCGGAGAAUUCCUACUCUGCCGAGGCGGCUGCUGAUGUGCCCACAGUGGGCGCACCCAUGCAGCCGCUGCCAGCUGGCGCUGUAGAAAUACGUGUACAGCCACCGGGCCAGCAACCAACGCAAGCGCCUGCACGACGACUGCCUGCGUUGAGUACGAAUCCGGUGCGUGUGCGUCCAUUGCAACGGUUCAGCGAGUUUGACCGCGAAUUGGCGCUAUUGGAGGAGGAGAACUACUGGCCUGUGGUGCCGGUCGUACAGAUACUACCAAUAAACUUGCCGCCACAACUGCCCGAGCCGUCGCUAGAUGAAUUGCUGCGUCGUGUCACCGGUCGCAAUGAUUUGCAUAAUGUGGACACUGUACGCCUACGUGUCAUCUCCUAUAGCAUCAGUUUGGCAAGUUUGCCACUCUUUCUGCCACGCCUACAGCAUCUCGACUUGAGCGGCAGUGUGCUUUGCUCGUUGCGUGAUCUCGGUUAUGGCCUCCUACACUUGAGCUAUUUGAAUGUGAGUAAUUGUGGGCUGAAUAGUUUUGACGGCACUAGCGGAUUGCCGGCUGUGCGUGUAAUCAUCGCAGAUGGCAACAUGAUACAGCGUGUGGACCCACUCACCGAUUUGGUGUUACUGCAGCGGCUGAGCGUGCGAAAUAACCGCAUCAGCGAUUUGGGUUUACUCACUUUCUUAGGGCUUUGCCCUAAUUUGUUGGAAUUAGAGCUGCAAGGCAAUUCCGUUAUACACAAUCCACUCUAUCGCAGCACAUUGCAACGCAGCGUGCCUACAUUGCGUGUAUUAGAUGGCAUACCGCUGGGUGAUUCGUCUGUGGUCGCACAGGCGACAGUAACCAUUGAAGCAGCCGGCGGGAACUCUUCAACGGAUGGCGAGGUUUCAUCGCUUUCGAGUGAGUUGUACUCUGACUCUUCACGUGCCGAAUCGAACGCGUCGUCGUUGGCGCCUGUGCCUGCCGUUACGCAUAGGCCUGCAACGGCUCCUCAGCCUGCAGCGAAUGAAGCCAACGCUUCCGCACAGACGUCAAGACCGGCCUCAGUCGCCCACACAGCCGAGUUACGCCGCAGCUCACUUUCCAUGGGUGCGCCAGUCGUGGGCUCGGUGCUUAGUUUGGUUCGCCGCAAUCGGCGGCAACGUCGUCAAGCUUGGACCACGUCGUCACAUAGUUCCUCCUCGAAUUCAUCUCUGCAUUCUCCUUUGGAGCAUGAGAGUUCGGAAAAUCGUAUAUCUGCUUUACCGCAACAGUUAUCUAGUGAUAGUAAUGACUAAAUGUGUAUUGGAUCGAUGGGAAUUAUUUGGUGUAUAUUUUUUUAUGAAAAUGAAAAUAUAUAUUUUCACCAUUUCGAAUACAAACAAACAGGAUUAU